CAUUGACUUGCCCGGCUCUGAUUUCUGUUCUUGUUGAAGUGGUUUUCCAUUGUUUCUCAGUUUUGGUGCCAUUCUUCCCAAAAAUGGUCAAGGGACGCCAAGGAGAGCGCAUCAGACUCUAUGUCAGGGGGACUGUCCUCGGCUACAAGAGAUCGAAGUCGAACCAGUACCCGAACACCUCAUUGAUUCAGAUCGAGGGAGUGAACACAAAGGAGGAAGUCAGCUGGUACUUGGGAAAGAGGAUGGCUUAUGUCUACAAGGCUAAGACGAAGAAGAAUGGAUCUCUGUAUCGAUGUAUCUGGGGAAAGGUUUGCCGCCCACAUGGAAACAGUGGUGUGGUUCGUGCUAAAUUCAAGUCCAACCUGCCGCCGAAAUCAAUGGGAAAUAAAGUACGUGUGUUCAUGUACCCAAGCAAUAUUUAAGGUAGGGACCAAAGAUUUUGAAUUAGUACUACGAGCGACCCGUAGGAAAGCAAGGUUGAUGCUGGUGGAUGGCCGAAGUUGUUUGGAAUUGAAUUAAAUGAUUUAUUGACUUAUUUUGCUUAAACUAGAAUGUUUGAUGAUGUUUUAAAGACUUUAAUGUUUGACCUAUUGCACUCCGACUGGUUUAUCGUUUAUUUUUAAAUUAAUGUGAAUGGAUGUUUUAUUUUAAAUGUUUUUUAAAAUAUUGUACACGUAAAUACUAAGAGAGGUGUAUUUAAUUAGAAUUUUUAUAAAUAUUUUUGUAUUUU